AUGACAUCUGGUGAGAGUAUAUCGUCGGUCGGGAAGAGACGGAUUGCGGUGAUGACCAGUGGAGGAGACUCACAGGGCAUGAAUGGCGUAGUCAGGGCAGUCGUUCGCAUGUCAAUUCACAUGAAUUGUGACGCAUACGCUGUCCUUGAAGGCUACGAAGGUCUAGUGCUGGGUGGGAACUCCAUCAAACGCAUGUACUGGGAUGACGUUCGAGACUAUCUGUCACGAGGUGGUACCUUGAUAGGUACGAAACGCUGCAUGGCAUUCUACGAAAGAUCUGGGAGGCUGAAGGCUGCAAAAAACCUGGUUUUGAAAGGCAUCAAUGCUCUUGUUAUUUGUGGAGGUGAUGGUAGCUUGACGGGAGCCGACCGAUUUCGAUCCGAAUGGCCCAGCUUACUCGAAGAGUUGGUCCAGACACAACAGCUCAGUCCGGAACAGGUCGAGCCGUACAGACAUCUCAAUAUCUGCGGUCUUUUGGGAUCUAUUGACAAUGACAUGUCAGGUACGGAUGCCACAAUCGGCUGCUAUUCGUCUCUUGAAAGAAUUUGCGAGAUGGUGGAUGCUGUCGAUGACACCGCCACGUCGCACAUGCGAGCGUUCGUGAUCGAGGUCAUGGGCAGGAAUUGCGGCUGGCUAGCCUUAAUGGCCUCCAUCGCGACCGGUGCCGAUUACGUCUUCAUCCCGGAAAAACCACCUGGCCAGGAUUGGCCAGAGGAGAUGUGUGAAAUUGUAACAAGUCAUAGACAAUUUGGGAAACGCCGGACCAUCAUCAUUAUUUCGGAAGGUGCUCAGGACACCCAGCUUGAAAAGAUCACUGCAGACCAAGUGGUGAAAGUACUGACCGAACAACUCCAUCUCGACACACGAAGAACUGUCCUGGGUCAUAUACAAAGAGGAGGUCUUCCCUCAUUCUAUGACAGAUGGCUUUCGACUCUGCAAGGUGUCGAAGCCGUCAAGGCAGUCUUGGAAGCGACCCCUCAAACACCAACGCCUGUUAUCACAGUUCGUGAGAACAAGAUACUACGAUCAGAUCUACAGGAAUGCGUCCGCCUCACAAAAUCUGCAGCCAAAGCCAUCCAAGCGAGAGACUGGAACGCGGCUAUGAAACUACGCGACGCUGAAUUCAAGGAGUAUUUCGAUAGCUAUAAGCUUACCACAUCUCCAGAAAGCACUCGUCUACGAAUACCGCAGGAACAUCGGGUGCGGAUCGCUAUCAUCCACGUUGGUGCGCCAGCCGCGGGUAUGAAUCCAGCAACACGAGCGGCAGUUGCAUACUGUCUUUCGCGGGGGCAUACGCCUAUUGCUAUACACAAUGGCUUCCCGGGGCUCCUUCGACAUCAUGACACGAAGCCCAUCGGCUCUGUCAGAGAAAUCAAGUGGAUUGAUGUUGAGGAUUGGGCAAACGAAGGUGGCUCCGAGCUAGGUACCAACAGAGGGCUACCGAGCGAAGACAUGGCGAAGACGGCCCAUUGCUUUGAGGUCCAUCGAUUGGAAGCCCUCUUCAUUAUCGGUGGCUUCGAAGCGUUUGCUUCUGCCAGUCAAAUCAGGAACAAUCGAGACAAGUACCCUUCUCUUCGAAUUCCACUGAUCGUCCUUCCGGCGACUAUCUCGAACAACGUACCAGGAACGGAGUAUUCGCUAGGAAGUGAUACCUGCUUGAAUACACUGGUAGGCUUCUGUGACGCUAUCCGGCAAUCAGCAUCGGCCUCUAGAAGAAGGGUUUUCGUUGUCGAAACACAAGGAGGUUACUCUGGCUAUCUAGCUACCAUGACAGGUCUUGCUAUCGGCGCUUUGGCGGCCUAUACCCCAGAUGAUGGCAUCGAUCUCCAUACGUUAACACGAGACAUCGACUUCAUUCGCAAAAGCUUCCAGAAUGACCAAGGCGCAUCGAGGGCGGGAAAGAUCAUCCUCAGAAAUGAGCGUGCAAGUCAGAUCUACACGACGCAGGUGGUGGCCGACGUGAUCACCGCGGAAGGACGGGGCAGGUUCGACGCGCGCGCUGCUGUCCCCGGUCACUAUCAGCAGGGAGGAAGGCCUUCGCCGAUAGAUCGAAUCCGCGCCUUCAAGUUGGCGAUCAAGUGCAUACAGUUUCUCGAAGAUACCUUCGCAGGUAAGAGUGCAGACGAAAUCAACUCCAAUCCUCUGAACGCCACGAUCAUCGGUAUCCAGGGUUCCGAAGUAGUCUUCAGUCCGAUGGGCAGUGAUUAUGGCUUGGAAGCUACACAGACUGACUGGGGAGCGCGGCUCCCAAGAAAUCAAGCUUGGCGGCCGGUCAGAGGGAUAAUCGAUAUCCUGAGUGGUCGGCCGGAGGACAAAGAAUGA